AGUACAUAGAACUUGUCCACCACCAAGCCAAGCACCUCCCCAAAGGGAAGCUUGAGGGUUCAAGCUCCAAUUGGGGCAAAAAUUGUGUAUGAUUGCCUACCUACCAAAUAUGUAUAUAUAUGUAUAUAUAUAAGGGUUGACGUCCAUAUUCAACUAUUCCAGAAUUUCUUUCCCCUUCUUCUCUUCCUCUCCAACCAAAUUGCGGUGGCCGAUUACUUGAUUGAUAGACACAAAUUUUCUCCUGAAACUGCUUCGAAAGUCUCUUCCGUCGUAAAGUAUCUGAAAAGCCAUGAAAAGACCAAUUCGUUUCUUUCAUUUCUUGAGGAAAUUAGUAUUUAGUGCGUCAUCAAACGCGUGCCUCAACUUCUCUCUGCAAAUCUUGAGCGCUCCAUCAAACCCAAAAUAAAACUUGUUCGAGACUUGGGUUUUUCUUCUAGUGAUGUUGUGGAAAUUGUUUCUUCUCAACCAUGGAUUCUAACUGCUAGCGUUGAUAAACGUCUUGUACCGUCAAUUUUAGCAUUGAAGAGUGUUUUUGGUUCGAAUAUGGAUGAUGUGUAAACCUGGGUCCAUUUUGACGCAUGAUUUGGCAAAAACUAUAAUCUCACCAUCGCCAUCAUGUUUCCCAAAUUCCUAAUUAUUCUAUGGACCAAUACAAUGAAUGUGUAUGUGCAGGUGACAAACAAAAAUGGGUCAACAAGAGCUCCCCCAGUCACAGUUCAGGCUUCGGUUAUGUCAGACAUGGGAAGGCUUCUGCCACAAAGAUUGAAGCAAUUGGCUGAAACAAUCGUAGGGUCUCCUGCAAAAAAUCUUGGCCUCAGUAACUCUGUUUUUGGUAAAGUUAAGGAAAUUAGGUUAUCUUCCUAUCUCAAUCGUACACUUGAUGCAACCCCAACUCCUUCUCCAGCUCCUGCUCCUGCUCCUGCUCCAUCUCCUGAGGAAAAUGACUAUGCAGAAGCCUUUAUUUCCCAUAUGCUUCUCGUUCUCCAUCUUAUUCUCCAGUUCCCUCACCUAAUUUUCAUCACUCGCCACCUUGUUUAAACUGUGAUGCUUCUUCGCCGUCUGAUGAUGACUUUCCAUAUGCACCAAGACCGGAAAAUGGGUUCCACCCUUCUUUACCUCCGAUUUCAAGUUCUCCUGCACCUUCAAUUGUAAAUACACAUUCCCCUCGCUCUAGUCUACAUUGUGGUUCCACAGUUCAACGAAGCCCCCUCACCAGCAUCUCAUUCUAACCCGACUGCUCCUACAUUUUCACCUCAUGCUUCUGCUGCAUAUCCACCUUCCAUGGGUCCCCCAUCACAGCUGUCCCCAGAUCUUUCUCCUAUACCUGCUGUAUCCUAUGGUUCCAGUCCAGGCCAGGACAAGGGGAGUGGGAAAGAGUUAUUAUCUCCACCACCAGCCUCGCCGUCAAUCUCACCGUUGCCAUCAUGCAAGUCGGUAAUCUGUAAAUAAUGUUUUCUUUAUCCCCAUUCAUCUUAAUAGUUGAUUACUUUUUUAACCUCUUUUGGUUAGGAAUUGAAGCCCAGAUGUUGUGGAAAUUAUUUUGGAAAAUUAUGAAUCAAGCUUUCAUCAAAAUGCAUAUGAUUGUUUUUACUCAUAAUU